AUGGCGGAGAGCCCGGGGGGGUCUGAAGGUCCGCCGCUGGAGGGGAGCGACGUCCCGCGGGAAGAAGACGAUAAGAAAACAGCGGCGGGGGAGCUGCAGCCCGGGGCGUCCCUAGACGGGGCACCCCAAGAUGGGGCAGCGGAGCCCCAGGACGAGUCCCUCGCCAGCGAGGUGCCGAGGCUAAGUGGGGAGGCGGUGGCUGGGCAGGAGCUGGCUGUGGUGCCUCCCGGGGACAACAACGGGACAGGGAGCGGCUCUUCCGAGGGGGCGGUGGAGAUCCCGGGCGGGCCGGGUGUGGGGCAGCAGGCUCUGACAGGGGCUGAGCAGCGAGACUUCGACGGGGGCGACGCGGGGGGCGAGGGUCUGCCAGGAAGGGAGCUGGUGGCCACGGGCAUAGAUGCGCCCCAGGGCUCCGCGCCAGAGAGGGCAGACCCUGAGGAUGCAGCUGUGGCCCCGGCGGGGACAGAUCCCGAGGAGGCAGCCCCGGCGGGGACAGACCCCGCGUAUGUGGCCAUGGUCCCGACGGGAACGGAGUCCGGAGAGACGGAAUCGGCCCCGGUAGGGCCAGAACCCGGUAAGGCGGUGAGGGAGGAAGCCUCAACCGAGACAGACCGCGAGGAUGCGGCGAGGACAGAUCCUGGGGAGGCUGUAGUGACAGCACCGGGAGUGGCAGAUCCUGAAGAGGCAUCGAGGACAGAUCCCGAAGAGGCUGUGGUGACAGUUCCGGGGGAGACAGAUCCUGAAGAUGCAGCGAAGGCAGACCCUGAGGAGGCUGUGGCGACAGUCCCGGGAGGGACAAACUCCGAAGAAGCAGCGAGGACAAUCCCGGAGGAGACAGAACCCGAAGAGGUGGCGAGGACAGACCCCGAGGUGUCCCUGGUGACAGUCCCAGAAGGCACAGACCCCGAAGAGGCCGCGAGAACAGACCUAAAGAAGGCUGCAGUGCCAAUCCCGGGGGAAACAGAACUCAAAGAGGCAGCGGAGCCAGACACUGAGGAGGUUAUGACGGAGGAAGUCCCACCGGGGACAGACCCCGAAGAGGCGGAGGAGACAGCCCUGUCGGGAACAAGCCCCGAAGAAGCGCUAAGCCAGGUAGUCCCAGAGGGGACAGACCCCGAGGAGGCGGAAGCGACAGUUUCAGCGGGGACAGUCCCCGAAGAUGCGGUGCGGGAGGCAGCCCCGGCGGGGACAGGCUCCGAGGAGGCGGCGGUGGCGGCCCCGGCGGGGAUCGAGGCGGCUGCCGAGGACCGCGGGGAAGUGGAGGUAGCGUUGCGCUCCGGAGGGGAGUCCGACGACGGACAACGGUCACCGGCAGGCCCCGAUAGCGAGGAUGGAGCGGAGACGCCGGGGACGCAGCAGGAAGCGGCUGCCCCGGCUGUGGCAGAAACGGGGACCGCAGCCCUGGGAGCAGGGGAAGGCGGCGCGGCGGGUCAGCAUGACGGGUCCCCGGGCCCCGAGGGCGGCGAGUGGGACGCCGCAGGUCGGAGCCUGAACGGCGUGCAGGGCCGGGAGGAGGACGAGACGGGCUCUCCAGCUGCUCUGGAGGAGGAAGAGGAGGAUGAGAAGCAAGAACAUGACAUCUCCCUCUUCGUUAAGGCCGGCAGUGACGGGGAAAGCAUUGGGAACUGCCCGUUCUCACAGCGUCUCUUUAUGAUUCUGUGGCUAAAAGGUGUCAUAUUUAACGUCACAACCGUGGAUUUGAAAAGAAAGCCUGCUGACCUGCAGAACCUUGCCCCAGGGACAAACCCCCCCUUCAUGACAUUUGACGGUGAAGUGAAAACCGACGUCAAUAAGAUCGAGGAGUUCUUGGAAGAGAAGCUAGCACCACCCCGGUAUCCCAAACUUGCACCAAACCACCCUGAGUCUAACUCUGCAGGAAAUGAUGUGUUUGCAAAAUUCUCUGCAUUCAUAAAGAACCCAAGAAAAGAUGCUAAUGAAAAUUUGGAAAAAUCUUUGCUUAAAGCCCUGAGGAAGCUGGACAACUAUUUAAAUAGCCCCUUGCCUGAUGAAAUUGAUGCUUACAGCACUGAGGAGAUCACUGUUUCCAGCCGGAAAUUCCUGGAUGGAGAUGAGCUCACCUUAGCAGAUUGCAACCUCCUACCAAAGCUUCAUAUAAUCAAGGUUGUUGCAAAAAAAUACAGAAAUUUUGACUUUCCACCUGAAAUGACAGGGAUUUCGAGAUACUUGGACAAUGCUUAUGCCAGAGAUGAAUUUACAAACACUUGUCCUGCUGAUCAAGAAAUCGAGUACGCGUAUGUGGAUGUUGCAAAGAGAAUGAAGUAACCAGAAGAUGCCUCUCUGCUUUCUUGCUCCUGAGAUUUUUAGCUGGGCACCAGCCAAGAUGGAAAAAAAACCCCAAAAG